CGAAUUAAAGAGGUGGAUAGGAAAGAAGACGGUGUGUAGGCUGCACACGGGAUUCAAUGGAUUGGGCCUUUGCGUUGUGGACACAGGUCGGGAAGCCCAAUUAAAUGGUGGCCUAAAAAGAGAGCUCCUUGAGACACGUCUUUUCUCUCUCUCUCUCUCUGCUCUUUUCUUUCUCUCGUGAAUUGAGGAGCGCUCUUUGCUCUCUCUCGCGCGCGCUCUCUCUCUCUCGCGGUUGCGAACGGAAGGCUGACCAAAAGCCAUGGCCAAAGGCCGGAGCGCCCGCGGCGCGGAGGAUGGAGGAGGAGGAGGAGGAGGAUCCGCUAUCCCGGGGGUCGACGCGGAGGUGGGCUUCGCGAAGCUCCAAGGCGAGGACUUCGAGUACUACAUGCAGACCUACUCCAUCAUCCUGGGCCGCAACAGCAAGACGUCGGCGGUGGACGUGGACCUCGCCACUCUGGGCGGCGGGAUGAACAUCUCCCGCCACCACGCCCGCAUCUUCUACGACUUCCCUCGGAGACGCUUCGCCCUCGAGGUCCUCGGUAAGAACGGCUGCCUCGUCGAGGGCGUCCUCCACGUCCCCGGCACGCCGCCCAUCAAGCUCGAUUCCCAGGACCUCCUCCAGAUCGGGGACAAGCAGUUCUACUUCCUCCUGCCCUCCCGAUCCUUCUUCGGCGGCGGCGCCCCUGUUCCCCGGCAGCCGUCUGGGGUCUCUCUCGCAGCGUACCCCGGGCGUGUUGGCCCUUUUAAUCGUGGCAUCCUCGUUCAUGAUGAGGAGGAGGAGGACGACGAUGAUGAUGAUGAUGGGGAGGAGGAGGAGGAUGAGGAUGAGGUUAGAGGAGCCGUAGUAGCUCGUAACGGUGGCAAGAGGAUAAGGAGGGAUUUGGGAAAUGAAUGGGAGGAAAAGCUUGGUAGGGCAGGGAAGGCCGGACCAUCACAGCGUCCAGGGACAAAGGCUGAGAGAAGGUCAAGGGUUGACAGGGAAGCAGAUAAUCAACAACUCUUGGCAUUGGAAGAAAAGGAUGUCAUCUCAUCUGUAGCUACAUUGCUCGCUGAUCUUUGUGCGCCAGGAGAAUGGAUGCCUAUGGAGAAACUUCAUGCGGAGCUAGUUGAAGAGUAUGCCAAUGUAUGGCAUCACAGCAGGGUAAGAAAAUACCUCACAGCCGAAGACUGGCCACAAACUGAAGCAAAAGGCAGACCAUGGUUUGGCCUCCUGAAGCUGCUCCGGAAGUACCCAGACCACUUUGUUAUUAAUAUCCAGUUGAAGGGAAAGAUUACAUCCGAGUUUGUCUCAUUAGUUCCAUUGCCUUCCUGAUUUGUUUGGUUUGGUUUCAUCUAUAUUGAUUCUCACAAGUGCAACUCAAAACCAAACCAUGUGACUAUCAUGUCUCAUCUCUUUGUUUCUCAAGUUGAUCUCAAGCUUAAUAGACAACAUCAGUUAUACUUGUUCCUC